GCCUGGCGGGACAGUGUGCGCACGCGCAGCGGCAGUCGGCUGUCCGGGCCAGCGAGGGGAGGCGGCGGCGCACGGGCGGAGGCGAGUGGGGCGCGUUGGUGUGAAAUGAGCAACUCUGAAGAUGAGGACCUCCCCCAGCUCUCUUCCCAUGCCCUGGCAGCUCUGCAGGAAUUUUAUGCUGAGCAGAAACAGUACACCGACCUUGGUGGCGAUGACAAGUAUAACAUUGGAAUAAUAGAAGAGAACUGGCAGCUGAGCCAGUUUUGGUACACUCCGGAGACCGCCCUGCGCCUUGCAGAGGAAGCCAUGGCAGCUGCUGGGGAAGGUGGCAGAGUAGCAUGUGUGAGUGCCCCCAGCGUUUACCAGAAGCUGCGAGAGCUGCACAGAGACGACUUUUCUAUCUGCAUCUUCGAAUAUGACCACAGGUUUGCCAUAUACGGAGAGGAGUUUAUCUUCUAUGAUUACAAUAACCCAGUGGAUUUACCUGAAAAAAUUGCUGCACACAGUUUUGACAUCGUAAUAGCAGAUCCCCCUUAUCUCUCUGAGGAAUGUCUCAGGAAAACGUCGGAAACCAUCAAGUACCUGACCCGGGGCAAGAUUCUGCUGUGCACAGGUGCCGUCAUGGAGGAAGAGGCAGCAAAACUUCUUGGAGUGAAGAUGUGCAAGUUUAUUCCAAAACACACUCGAACCUUGGGAAAUGAAUUUCGCUGUUACGUGAAUUAUGAUUCUGGGCUGGACCGUGAACUGUGAACGCAGCUGGUAAUACAAUGUAGUAAAGGACCCAUGUGACAUUUC